UCAUUUAUAAAAAAUCAUGGAGGAUGAGUUCAAUUUCUACAUCCUCAUCCUCAUUUCUCUCCAGUUCUUCCUUGCAACCAGUAGAACUCUAAACUCAUCACAAGAGUUGGUUUCAAGCUCAUCACAAGGCGUGUGCUCAGUCAUAAAUUGUGGGCAAGGAACUUGCAAGGCAUCUAAUGCUUCAUUUCUUGGUUUCGAUUGUGAAUGCAAUUCUGGUUGGAGGAGACUCCAGAUUGGUUCGUUCACCUUUCCUUGUGUUCUUCCCAACUGGAUUCCAGAUUUCCGACGUGGCGGUGGAUCUCCACUUCCACCACCACUGCCACCAACCACGGUGGUUCCUUUCCUUCCUUCACCUUUUGGUUUCUCAAACCUUUCAGCUUGCAGGGUUGUUUGGUGUGGUAAUGGAACCUGCGUGGCCGAUGGAGCAGGAGCAGCUGCAUUCCCAUACUCUUGCCAUUGCCACGAAGGAUUCGAGAAUUUAUUGAACUUGACAUUCUUACCAUGCUUUAAGCGCUGCUAUUUUGGAGAAUAUUGUAUUGGUGCUACAUCUCCACAAAGAAAUUCUUCCGCUUCAGUGCUGCAAAUAAUUGGAUCAGCCAACAAAUUGAAAGGCUCAUGGAAUCUCCCUUCCAUUUUCAUUCAAGUGACUGCUGUUACCAUCCAAACAUGGCUUUGAAAGCUGCUUAGGCUUACAAUAAUGGACAUCACGCCUAAAUUUUCUAUAUAUUUCCAAUAAUUUUAGCAUUUUAUAUUAGGUUAUUUUCCUAAUAAAAGUAGCACGUAAGUUGUAAUAUGAAUACUUUCGUGUUAAAUAUAUAAUUUCCCGCCAUUCUUAAUUUUAUU